AUGGAUCGCAAAAGCUUUUCGUAUUGGUUUGUUACUUACCUAGCAAUCUUAACCCUUUUCUUCAACGACUACGUCUCCUCGUUUCCUUCGGGAUAUAACAAUGGUCCCGGUCCUCAAGGGUACGGACUAGUUAGCAAUCUCGACUAUCGAUUCUAUGACCGGUCUUGUCCUCGUCUACAGAUGAUUGUUAAGUCAGGGGUUUGGAAAGCUUUUAAAGUUGAUUCUAGAAUCGCUGCGUCUAUUCUUCGUCUCCAUUUCCACGAUUGUUUUGUCAAUGGUUGUGAUGGCUCAAUUCUUCUAGAAGAUACAGAAGAUUUUAGAGGAGAGAAGAACGCUCGGCCAAACCGAAACUCAGUUCGUGGUUUCGAAGUCAUUGAAAACAUCAAAUCUGAUAUUGAAAGCUCUUGUCCCUUAACUGUUUCAUGCGCCGACAUAGUUGCUCUUGCAGCUAGAGAAGCCGUCGUCCUCACCGGAGGGCCGUUUUGGCCGGUGCCGUUGGGGAGAAGGGACUCGUUGACGGCUAGUGAGCAAGCAGCGAAUACAAAUCUGCCGUCACCGUUUGAGCCGUUGGCGAAUAUAACGGCCAAGUUCGUGGCCCUUGGACUUGACCUCAAAGAUGUUGUUGUCCUCUCAGGAGCACAUACCAUAGGAUUUGCACAAUGUUUCGUGUUCAAGCACAGGCUGUUCAACUUCAAGGGCUCAGGCCAGCCUGACCCGAACCUAGCUGCCUCCUCGGUUCUUCUCUCUAAGCUAAAGAACACGUGUCCUAACGUAGACUCAUCUGACUCUAAGCUUGCGGCUCUUGACGCAGCUAGUGCCGUCAAGUUCGACAAUGCUUACUACGUGAACCUAAUGAACAACGUUGGGCUGCUCGAUUCCGACCAAACCCUAAUGACGGAUUCUACGGCUGCUGCCUUGGUGAAGUCUUACAGCGAGAAUCCGUACUUGUUCUCGAGGGAUUUCGCGGUUUCAAUGGUUAAAAUGGGGAACAUCGGAGUUAUGACCGGAAGUGAUGGAGUGAUUAGAGCAAAAUGUGGAUUUCCAGGUUAA